GCCAUGGCAACCGCGUACGCGGCCCCCGCGAGCCGCCGCCGCUCUCCGGAGCCCCGGCGCGGCCGCAGAUGGUUUAUCAGAGGCUGUCUCUGAUGCUGAAGAGAUUGCAAACACAGCAACCCAGCACCACUCUGGAGUCCACAACUGACAUUAUGUUGGCAUCACUGCAGUAGUCUCAAAUGGGAGAAGGUUCCCAUGGUUCCUUGACCAGUGCUGAUGGUCCCUCUCUUCCUUCUCCGGUCAGAAUGGAUGCACUAGAAAAGAGAGUCCAAGUAUUUGUGAGAGUCAAGCCAACAGCUGAUUUUGCUCAAGAUAUGAUCAAGUUUGGACCAGACAACAAGGUAAGCAUAGGUAUAUACACCAAAAAGGAUGCCAAGAAAGGUGUUGUGAAUAACAGGCAGACUGACUGGUCCUUCAGGCUGGAUGGUGUCCUCCACAACACCUCCCAGGACGUGGCUUACGAGACGGUGGCUGCCAAACUGGUGGCUGAAGCUUUGAUUGGUUAUAAUGGCACGAUAAUGUGCUAUGGGCAAACAGGGGCUGGCAAAACAUACACCAUGACAGGAGCAACUGCUGAGUACAAGCACCGAGGGAUCAUCCCCAGAGCUAUACAGCAGGUCUUCAAAGCAGCGACAUGCUCAGUCGAUUCCUUCCUCACUGUGCGGAUCUCCUACCUGCAAAUCUACAACGAGACCCUGUUUGACCUUCUCCCCACCGUGACAAGCAGUGGGAGCAGUGACAUGCAGCUGGCUGUAGUGGACUGCCCACAGGGUGUUUAUGUGAAGGGCUUAUCCAUACAUUCAGUUAGCCACGAGGAAGAUGCCCUAAAUCUCCUUUUUGAGGGUGAGACCAACAGAGCAGUAGCAGAGCACACCCUGAAUAAGAAUUCAUCCAGAUCCCAUUGCAUCUUUACCAUUUAUAUUGAGUCUCGUUUCAGAGCUUUCUGCAACGUCAAAUGCAUUCACUCUAAAAUCAACUUAAUAGAUCUGGCAGGCUCAGAGAGACUGAGCAAGACUGGAUCUCAAGGGCAGGUUCUGAAGGAAGCCAUGUACAUCAACAAAUCCCUGUCAUUCCUCGAGCAAAUCAUCGUUGCCCUGGCUGACCCGAAGCGGGACCACAUCCCCUUCCGGCAGAGCAAGCUCACUCACCUGCUCAAGGACUGCCUAGGGGGAAGUUGCAAUACUGUCCUAGUGGCAAAUAUCUGUGGGGAAGCUGUGCAUGUAGAAGAAACUUUGUCUUCUCUUCAUUUUGCUACCAGAAUGAAAUGGAUCACGACAGAGCCAGUCCUCAAUGAGACUUAUGACCAGGAGGGGACUGUGAAGGCUCUGGAGAGGGAGAUUAUUCUUCUGAAGCAGGAACUGGCCAUGCGUGACAACUUGGUGAAUCGGUCUGUGGUGACUUACGAGCCUCUGACUGACACCCAGGUGGCACACAUUAGGUCUCAAGUCCAGAAAUACCUAAGAGGAGCCAUUCAUGAGAUUGAUAUAGUGAACAUCAGGCAAAUCCAGGAGGUGUUUAAGCAGUUCAAAGUGAUCUUAAGUCAACAGGAACAAGAAGUGGAGGCCAGAUUACGGAGCAAGUACAUUCUGAUAGACAAAAGCGACUCGGCUGCUGUGGCUGCUGUGGGUAAGGCAGCUGUGGUUGGUGGGGACGGGCGUGCGGCGCGGGAAGAGGAUGGACAGGCUUUAGGGGCUGGAACUCCUCCCUCUGCAUCCAGAUCUGGUGGGAAGAAGAAAUCCAAGAAGAACAGUGAGUGGCCCAAGAAGGAAGGAAUUGGGAGCUGUCUGUCUGAGGCAGACCUGGAUGUUUUUUCAUCAUCAAAAAGCCAGGUGAUCAUUUCCACCAAGGAUCUGAAUGUGAAAGAGGGAGCAAGGAACCAAGAUCCAGCAAACAGUGAUGCAGAGCUCCCCCAGGCAUCUCCUGUGGAGGAUUCCCAGCAGCCCAGUUCCCCUCCACCCAAGUCUGUGGCAUUCGAGCACUUUAAAGAGGAGGGUGGCAGUGAGAUCAAUCAGAUCUAUAAAGAGAACAAGAGCAUCCUCCUUGCCAGGAAGAAGAGAAGCAGUGCAGUGGCCCAGAGGAUCAACUUCAUCAAACAGGAGAUGGAGGGCAUCAAAAAGGCUCUGGAGGCUCAGAAGCAUGGGAGGUGGCAGGAGGGGGAGUAUGUUGAUGAGAAAGGCCGGAUCAUCAUUGAUGAGAAGGAGUUUUUACUCAUCAUGAAGCUGAAAGACCUGAAGGAAGAGUACAGGUCUGGUUAUGCAGAACUGCAGGACCUGAAGGCAGAAAUCCAGUACUGCAAGGAACUGGUGGACCAGUGUCGGAACAAACUCAUCUCAGAGUUUGAGAUCUGGUACAGCGAGUCCUUCCUCAUCCCCAGGGACGUGCAGGAAGCUCUGAGGCCCGGUGGCAGCAUCAGACCCGGGAUGAUUCCUAUCAACCGAGUCCUGUGCCUGGAGGAAGAUGAGCAGGACAGGUAUGAGAGGAUGCAGGAGAUGGCUCUUCCAGCUGGACCAGCUUCUGCUUCAUUCUACAAGGCGAAAAUGAAAACUGACCAAAAGGUGACCUCAGUGGGGCCCAGUCCCACACACCACAGGAUCCCAGCACAGUGGGGGCUGGCAGGGCCCUGCACAGCCCAUCCAGUGCCACCCCCUGCUCCAGCAGCUUCUCCUGGCUCAGGGGGCACAGGAAUGUGUCCAGGUGGGGUUGGAAACCUCCUGAGAAGGAGCCUCCACCCCCUCCCUGGGCAGCCUGGGCCAGGGCUCCCUCCCCUCAGCACUGAAAUGGUUUUUCCUUAAGUGGAACUUUUUAUGUUGCAGCUUCUUCCCAUCACCCCUUGUCCUGCCAUUGGAAACAACAGUAAAGGUGCUGCCCCAGCCUCCUGACACCCACCAGUUAGUUAUUUGUAACACUGAUGGGAUGUCCCUGCGGUCUCCCCUUCUCCAGGCUGAACAGCCCCAGGGCCUGCAGCCUUUCCUCACCAGGAGGAUGCUCCUGUGCCAGCUGAGCUGCGGGGCUCCUCUGCAGCCCUUUGAAAACCGCUGGGUUUGGUUCUGUAGCACAGCUCAGCUCUUUGAAACGUUCCUUGGCUGAUGUAAAGCUCCCAGCCCCUGCUGGCCCUCUGCUAAAAAACCCAGUCUGGGCACUUACUUCUAGGUCCUUCCUGCUGAGGGCUCACCGUAAGACA